UUAUUCUGGCUGAGAUGAGCUAUUUGGGUUCUGCUUCUUGAUCAUUUGGUGUUUAAGUAAAAUGAGGGGCACAGAAUUGUUGCAGAGUCGAGUGGGAACAGCAUUUUGAUUUGCUGACCUAAUUUUUAAAAUGAUAAAGGAUUAAAAGGAAAAGCUGGACCUGGACCUGCCGUGAAGGGUAUAAACCUGGACAUACCUGGGGCUGGAAAAAGAAGAGGAAGACAAUAAGGGGUUUUUGAUUUUGGGUUUUUGGUUUUUUUUUUUUUUUUAAGGAAAAGCCCAACGGAGAUAAACGAAUGUCCCCUUUUCUUCCAAGGAAAGUUCAUCGGAUUUUUAUUCUAGAGAUUUCAUCUUCAGGAUGUCAGUGAACAUUACCAGUACAGGAAAAGGUGUGGAUCCAAGCACGGUUGAUACUUAUGACAGUGGCGAUGAUUGGGAAAUUGGGGUUGGGAAUUUAAUAAUUGAUUUGGACGCUGAUUUGGAGAAGGACAGACAGAAAUUUGAGAUGAAUAAUUCCACUAGCACCACUAGCAGCAGCAGCAGCAGCAGCAGCUCCAAGGAUUGUGGGGGUUUGGCUUCCAGUGCGGCUAGUGCUACCUCAUCCUUAGCUGAUGGCCUAAAAUUUGCUUCUGUUCAACCCACUGCUCCCCAGGGGAACUCACACAAAGAGACCAGCAAAUCAAAAGUGAAAAGGAGUAAAACUUCUAAGGAUGCUAAUAAAUCUCUGCCUUCUGCUGCCUUGUAUGGGAUUCCCGAGAUCAGCAGUGCUGGCAAGAGGCAGGAAGGCCAAGGGCGCCCUGGAGAGGCAACUGGCAUGAAUUCAGCACUGGGUCAAAGUGGCAACCCGAACAGCAAUACCCUCUGCACCAGCACCAGUACUGCCACCCCCGGGGCAGCUUCUUGUGGAAAAAACAAAGAGGAGAAACCAGGGAAAAACCCAAGCAGCCGAGGUUCCAAGAGGGAUAAGGAUGCAGGGAAAUCCAGGAAGGACAAGCAUGAGCUGCUUCACGCUCAUGCCAACGGCAGUGGCAGCCAGGCGCCUUCCGGGGGGCAUCUGUAUGGCUUCGGCAGCAAAGGCGGCCCCGGGAAUCCCUUCCCCUGUGGAGGCCCAGGGGGCAGCGCAUUGGCCCCCGGAGGGGAGGGGAGCAAAGGAGGUGCCCAGGAUCCAGGGCUCAUGGGGAACUCUAUUUUGGUAAAGAAAGAAGACGAGGAAGAGGAGAGCCACAGGCGAAUCAAGAAACUGAAAACAGAAAAGGUUGACCCCCUGUUUACAGUGCCUGCACCACCUCCACCGAUUUCCAGCACUAUCACGCCUCAGAUUCUACCUUCCUACUUUGCCGCAUCUUCAUCCAAUAUUGCAGCACCCGUUGAGCAGCUCUUGGUACGGACCCGUUCUGUGGCUGUCAAUACAUGUGACGUUGGAGUAGUAACAGAACCUGAAUGCCUUGGACCGUGUGAGCCUGGGACCAGUGUGAAUUUGGAGGGGAUCGUGUGGCAUGAGACUGAAGAAGGUGUCUUAGUGGUAAAUGUCACAUGGCGGAAUAAGACUUAUGUUGGGACACUGCUGGAUUGCACAAAGCAUGAUUGGGCCCCUCCAAGGUUCUGUGAGUCACCAACAAGCGACCUGGAGAUGCGAGGAGGCCGAGGCCGAGGCAAGCGGGCCAGGUCUGCCGCGGUCACCCCCGGCAACGAUGCUGGCUUUGCCGAAUCCAGGGGCCUGCAGAGCAAGAACCGUGGUGCAGCCAAUGGGAAAGGGCGACGGGGCAGCCUGAACGCUAGUGGGCGCAGGACCCCCCCUAAUUGUGCCGGAGAGGAGGUCAAGGCCAGCCCUUCAGCAGCCAACAAAAGGAAAAACAAGCCUCCGGCUGAGCUGGAUUUAAACUCCAGUUCCGAGGACACUAAGUCGGGAAAGCGUGUGCGUACUAACUCGCGAAGCACUCCGACCACCCCCCAGGGGAAACCCGAGACUACUUUCUUGGACCAAGGCUGCUCUUCACCGGUGCUGAUCGAUUGUCCUCACCCAAACUGCAACAAAAAGUACAAGCACAUUAAUGGGCUGAGGUACCACCAGGCCCACGCACACUUGGACCCAGAGAACAAGCUGGAGUUUGAGCCAGACAGUGAGGAAAAGAUUUCUGACUGCGAGGAAGCCUUAAGUAACGUGGCAAUUGAAUGCAACGAGCCAAGCACAAGCUUAUCGACAUUUGAUCAGCUGAAAGCCCCCCCAUCCCCAAGCCCCGGCAACCCCCCUGGAACACCCAAGGGUAAAAGGGAGCAGACUAGCAACUGCCCCGGCUCAGUGAUCGGUUCCAAAGCGGGCAAGAACUCGGGCAAGAAGAAGGGCCUUCACCAUGAGCUGAGCAGCCUCCCAGUGAUUGCCAACAUGGCCGCCCCACUGGACAGUUGCUCUGGGGUUGAUGGCAACCUGAUGGCCGAAAUGCCAAAACUGGAAGCAGAAGGAUUGAUUGAUAAGAAAGGUUUGGCCGAGAAAGACAAGGGCAAAAAGGGCAGCAAUUGCAAGGUGGACCGAAACCUUUCCAAACUUAAACCUGCCAGGCCCAUAGCCCCGGCCCCCGCCCCAACCCCUCCCCACUUAAUCGCUAUUCCUACUGCAGCCUUCACCGGCACCACCGCAGGGACCAUCCCUGGGCUGCCCUCCCUCACAACAACUGUUGUUCAGGCCACACCAAAGAGCCCUCCAUUAAAGCCUAUUCAACCAAAGCCCACCAUUAUGGGAGAGCCAAGUACUGUAAACCCAGCUCUCACGUCACUCAAAGACAAAAAGAAAAAGGAGAAGAGAAAGCUAAAAGACAAAGAAAGUAAGGAGACAGGAAGUCCCAAAAUGGACACCAAGCUGGGAAAGAUAGAGGACUCAAAAGGGCCUGUGAAGGAGUUAGCUGGACAUUUUUUAAAGGAUCAUCUCAACAAGACGGAAGCGCUGGCUAAUGGGCUCUCUGAGUCUCAGGAGAGCAGGAUGGCAAGUAUUAAAGCCGAAGCCGACAAGGUGUAUACAUUCACAGACAAUGCCCCCAGUCCUUCGAUAGGGAGUGCUUCGCGGAUGGAGAGCAGCCCUCUGGUGAAUGGACAGUCUCCGAUGGCCCCGUUGCAUGUGUUGACCCAAAAUGGCGCUGAGGGUUCGGCCGCUAAAACGAACAGUCCAGCGUAUUCUGACAUAUCUGAUGCUGCUGACGAUGGGGGUUCCGACAGUCGGUCAGAGGGCAUGAGGUCAAAGGCCAGUUCUCCUUCAGAUAUUAUUGCCAGCAAGGACAGUGUGGUGAAGGGGAAUUCGUCAACCUCAGCACAAUCAUCCCAGGGAAAGGAGCCCCAUUCUCCCUAUUACCAUGGCUACGAUCCUUAUUAUUCUCCAAGUUACAUGCACUCCGGACAGGUCAGCACCCCUGCAGCUGGGAACUGUAACGCUGCACAGGGAAUGAAGAUCAAAAAGGAAUCCGAGGAAGAAGCUGAAAAGAAAGACAAGGCAGAGCCAUCCGAUUCCAAGAAGACUGAAAACAAUUCUGCCAAUUUACAGCCCCAGCACCAGUCAGUAAUCACUCAAAGACAUCCUGCACUCACUCAGUCACUUUAUUAUGGACAGUAUGCCUACGGGCUCUACAUGGAUCAAAAGUCCUUAAUGGCUUCAAACCCUGCUUAUAGGCAGCAAUAUGAGAAAUAUUAUGAGGAUCAGAGGCUGGCUGAACAGAAAAUGGCUCACACUGGGAGAGAAGGUGAAAGAAAGAGUGAACUCCCCUUGAAAGAGCUGAGCAAAGAGGAUAAUAAACAGAAAAACAUCCCAUCAGCCACCAUCUCAAAGCCGCCUUCUACUCCAGAGCCAAACAAAAGUAACACUAAAGUAGGGGCUUCGAUGCCGAACAAGAGUGAGGAGACAAGCAAAUUGCAGAUCAUGUCCAGUCACCAGCAGCAACUUCAGGCCGACAGUUUCAAAGCUAAGCAAAUGGAAAACCAUCAGCUCAUUAAGGAGGCCGUAGAAAUGAAAUCUGUCAUGGAUUCCAUGAAGCAGACGGGUGUAGACCCCACUACCAGAUUUAAACAACAGGAUCCAGAUUCGAGGACAUGGCACCAUUAUGUCUACCAGCCCAAGUAUCUGGAUCAGCAAAAGUCAGAGGAACUUGAUCGUGAGAAAAAGCUAAAAGAAGACAGCCCCAGGAAAACCCCUACCAAGGAGAGUGCCCUGUCCAGCCUUCCGGUGUCUUUAAUGAGCAUCAAAGAGGAACCCAAAGAAGUCAAGCGCCCCGAUUCCCAAUCAGUGGAGGAGAGCAAGAUCAAAAAUGAUGAUCGGAAGACUCCUGUAAAUUGGAAGGAUUCCCGGGGAGCCAGGGUGGCUGUUUCAUCCCCGAUGAGUCAGCAUCAGUCAUACAUCCAGUACUUGCACGCUUAUCCGUAUCCUCAGAUGUACGAUCCCAGUCAUCCGGCCUACCGGGCUGUUUCUCCUGUCCUGAUGCACAGCUACCCUGGGGCCUAUCUCUCCCCAGGAUUUCAUUAUCCUGUUUAUGGGAAGAUGUCAGGGAGAGAAGAGGCGGAAAAAGUCAAUACCAGUCCUAGCAUCCCCGCGAAAACGACCACUGAAUCUAAAGCACUAGAUUUGCUCCAGCAGCAUGCCAACCAGUACCGCAGCAAGUCCCCCGCUCCUGUCGAAAAGGCUGCAGUUGAUCGUGAGCGGGAAGCAGAGCGGGAGCGAGAUCGACACUCCCCCUUCAGCCAAAGGCACCUCCACACGCACCACCACACCCACGUUGGAAUGGGCUACCCACUAAUCCCGGGCCAAUACGACCCCUUUCAAGGGCUGACCUCUGCUGCCCUCGUCGCCACUCAGCAGGUGGCUGCUCAGGCAUCUGCAACUGGUAUGUUUCCUGCACAAAGAAGGGAGUGACAAGAUUGGAAAUAUACAUUGUCAUGUGACUGGAUCACAUGGGGAAGCGCUUUAUUACAGACAUCAGUUCCAUGGUGUUAAUUUGAAAUGCCUUAAUGGCAGGCAAAAACCAGUCAUUUCAUUUUUGUAAAUUGCAGAUUUUAUCGCAGAGUAACAAAUGUUGCUGUAAUUAGACUUCUGUUUUUAUAUAUAUACGUAUACAUAUAUAUAUACAUAUAUAUAUAUUCUUUACUUUUUGUAUCAGUAACCAGGCUCGCACACACAGGGUCUGCUGCCAAGUUGCAAACCACACAGUAAAGGAAAAAAAAAGUGUAUUUGUCAUGUUUGAUAAGUGUUAACUACAAAAGGCGGUUUCCUUUCUUUCCAUUUUCUUUGAAACUGUAAAUAAUGUUAUGUAUUAGUGUGCCUGAACCUUGCAUACCUUUCCAAUAUUUCCCAAGAGCCCUCAGAGAGGCUAACUGUGAUGAUGACACUUUGGUACAAUUUAGAUGUCUAUUUGGUGGCUCCUGUUAAGAUGCAUCAGUGUAAGAUGUUACUGUAUUCACUGUUCAUUGUAAUUGUGUAUUGUGGAAAAUAUACUUUUGGAAGGCAUGGGGUUGCCAGUACCACAAAAACUGUGUUGUACAUAAUGUAUAGAUUUUGAAUGGGGAAAUAAUAAGAAUCUGUGAAUAAUAACAUGUCUUUUUGGAAUAAUCUUGAAUGGCAAAAAAAAAGUCCCCUAGCCUGUGUACCAGAAGACAUCUGUGAUGGUUCUAUGACUUGAAUAGUCCUGCAGUCUUUUUUUUAAUGUUUACAAUUAUCCAGUUUUAGAAGAGAGACUUUAAUGCCAAUGCCUGGUUACUUGUUUUAUGCUGUAAUCUAGUUUAUUUUAUGUAAAAUGGAUAUUGAAUGCUUUCUUUUUUUAUACCUGCCUUAAAUAAUUUGGCAAUCAGAAUUAAAAAGUUGUUUUUGUAA